GAGAGCAGUUCCAGAGGCGCGAAUAAACAAGAGGUUUCGCAGUGAAAGUGCGGCUGUUUUGCUAGCAGGUGUUGCUUAACUGGUUUUAAAGUUAGAUUGUUUUGUCGGCUUAACUUUGUUACUUAAGAGCUAAACACAAAAUUAAGCAAAUAGCAUUAUUUAAGCAAUAUACAACGCAAAAUAAAAGUAUGUCGGACGCUUUGACGGAUGACGGCAGCGACAUCAGCCCAGAUGAUAGCCAAGAGGAUGUUAUGACCCCGGCGGAGCUCAUCGCCAAACUGGAAGAAGCCUGGCUGAACGAGAAGUUCUCACCCGAGCUGCUGGAGAACAAGUCAGAGGUGGUGGAGUGUGUGAUGGAGCAGCUGACUCAUAUGGAAUCCAACUUGCAGCGAGUGAAGAAAGGCGACGCCAAGGCUGGCAUCCAUCGCAUGGAAAUAGACAGGAUCCGCUUCGUCCUCAGCAGCUACCUGCGUUCUCGCCUGCAGAAGAUUGAAAAGUUUUUCCCACAUGUGCUGGAGAAAGAAAAGACCCGAGUCGAUGGAGAGCCGUCUGUGCUUUCGCCUGAGGAGUUUGCCUUUGCCAAAGAGUACUAUACCAACACAGAAACGUAUCUAAAGGCUGUAGCCCUGAAACGCAUGCCGCCAAACUUACAGAAUGUGGAUUUGCUCAAAGCAGUUCCUGAGCCUUGCUUGGACUCCUUUGUGUUCCUGCGUGUUAAAGAGAGACAGGAAAACAUCUUGGUGGAGCCUGAAACGGAUGAUCAGAGGGAGUAUGUUGUAGAUCUUGAGGAGGGCUCUCAGCACUUGAUGCGGUAUCGUAUCAUUGCACCCCUUGUUUCAAGUGGAGCUGUGCAUUUAAUUUGAACAUUAAGGCUCGUCUGUUGCUUUGGCUUUUUUGCUCCAGGAGAUUAUGAAAAUGAGCAUUCGCUAAGAGGGGCCACUUUCCUGCAGCGAUCACACAACCUCUACCUCACUAUCGUCUAGAGUGAGGACAGACUCGCCUGACUGACUGCUCAUGAAAACACUCAUCAAUAGUGGGCUGCCAGAUGUGUGCACUAGCUCUCAUCUGUGUAAAAGUGACCGGUGAAGCCUGGUUUCAUCCGUAACUCCGGCAUAUAGUGAGGCAACAAUAUGAUCUGCUGAUUCAUCGUUCUCUUCACUGCCUUUAUAUGACACAUCACCCGAGCCCCGCUCCCUGCUCAGUGACGGGAUGCAUCUGAUGACCUGAAGGUGAAAUUUCAUCACUUCACUUGGCAGCGUAAUUCGUGUCCCCUCGACAUGUUUGAUUGAAAGGCAGUGUUUUUUUCUGUCUGGGUGUAGUUGCAAAAUAACACUUGCACAUCCUAAGUAUGGCCACAUUGCUUCUGCUGCCACAUGUAUGAGUGCAUUUCACUGUUUUUUAACGGCUCCCCGCAUGGAUUAAGCCUCAUCUUCGGUGAGCUGCAAUCAUUGGAACGGCGUUGUUAUGUAAGGGUUUCAGAGGAAGCAGUCAGGGCUCUCUGUUUGCCCCACACACACAGAUUGCUCGGUAAUUGGAACUAAUGAGAAACUGAGAUGUGUCACAGCACAGCUCAUCCAGCUCAUGUGAAACUAACACGUUAUUCUGCGGCUGAUUCAGUGUUUUCAUGUCCAGCGUCUCCGUCCUCAAAACAACUCAAAUCAGGCUGUCUCAUGCAAUACACUAUAGUGUGUGUUACCAAGUUUCAUGAAGCAUGUUUAUGUUGUCCCUUUUUAAAAAUAAUCAGAAAUGGUAUUUAGAGAAAUUAAAUCUUUUAAAAAAACUGAAA